CUCUGCGCGCUCCCGUUGUCCGCGGACACGAGCCGCGGCUCCGUACACAUACAGAGAAGAGAGCAGCUGAAGCGAAAACCAGGAAGUGAAUGAACACACAUGGAGGGUGUGUCUGCUACUGCCUCUGUGCAUUUUAGUUUUCAAAGCACUGUCCUCUGCGGAUAGAUUGAUAAAUGGGGGACUCGGCGAGGACCAAACGGCGGGAGCAGCUGAAGCGCUGGGCCGGCUCCUGCACCGACAAAUCGUCCGACGUGCCCAGGCGGAGGCGGCGGGGCGACGCCGGGGAAGGAGCAGCGGAGCCUGAGGCCGAGCUCUGCAACCCGCCGCAGGAGCAGCCAGUGUGUUUGGGCAGAGAUGAGUCCAGCCCCGGGCUCAGACGACGGAAAAGGGUGAGGUUUGACAGCGCUGCAGAGUUCCUGGCCGCCUGUGCCAGUGGCGACACAGAGGAGGCUCAGGUGAUGCUGGAAGAGGCCAAAGACACCAAAAGGAGGAAUGGGGAUGACGAGGCCGAUAUUAUUAACUGCUCCAAUGCCGACGGAAUCACUGCUCUGCACCAGGCCUGCAUAGACGGCAGCAUGGAGAUGGUGACCUUCCUUUUGGAGCGCGGUGCCAGCGUGAACCAGGUGGACAGUGAGGGAUGGACGCCGCUGCAUGUCGCUGCCUCCUGUGGCUACCCUGACAUUGCAGAUUUCCUUUUGCAGCAGGGAGCAUCUCUUUCUGCUGUGAACUGUGAUGGUGAUGUUCCUCUGGACAUUGCUCUGGAUGAGACAACCGAGUCCCUCCUUCAGGAUUACACUCAGAGACAGGGUGUGGACUUGGAUGCAGCUAAGCGUCUGGAGGAGGAACAGAUCAUGACAGAUGCCCGGACCUGGCUGACCGAAGGCCCACCUGCUGAUGUUCAACACCCAAAAACUGGAGCCACCCCGCUGCAUGUAGCUGCAGCUAAAGGCUACCUAGAGGCCCUGAAGAUACUCUGUCAGUGUGGGCUGGAUGUAUCUGCUAUAGACUUCGAUGGCUGGACGCCUCUACACGCUGCAGCACACUGGGGCCAGGGCGAGGCCUGUCGCAUUCUGGCUGAGCAGUUGUGCAACAUGGAGGCUCGCAGCAACGCGGGUCAGACACCAUUUGAUGUAGCUGACGAAAGCGUUGAAGAGCUCCUGGAGGAGUUAUCCCAAAAACAAGCCAAUUGGCGUAAUGAACGGUCCAUAUUGGAUAAGCAAAACCAAGCUGGCCCCAAUGCUGCGAAUGCACAAAACAAGCGGCGGAGGAGCUCAGUUUGCAGGAUGAGCAGUAAAGACAAGAUGAACGUCCAGGACCAGUCUAAAGAGAGGGGAGUUUCAGGAGGACUGGAGCUGAGUGAGGAGAAAGAGGGCAGCCCCGAAAGCUCCACUACAUCCAGCCCAGACACUGAGAGUGUGACCACAUCUAUGGUCAGCCCUGCUGACAAGACGCCAGAGGAGAAAGACGAGGAGGAAGACAAGGAGCAGGACAAAGCGAAUCGCACUGCCAGAGUCCAACCGACUCCUCAGACAAGAGACAUAGCAGCAGAGAGUCCCAACAACCCCAACGCGGACAGACGCAAAUUUCAGGCUCCAGUUCGAGACGAGGAGUCGGAGUCUCAGAGGAAAGCUCGCUCUCGACUGAUGCGCCAGUCUCGACGCUCCACACAGGGUGUGACUCUGACCGACCUGAAGGAAGCAGAGAAGAGUGUGGCAAAGGCUGCUGAUCCUCCAGCUCGAAACAUCCAACCUGUCAGCCCCAUCGUCACUGUGACGCCGGCUGAAAGAGAUACAGACCCAGUGAAGCAGGUGGAGUUGGAGGGAGAUAAACGUCUGGGAGUGAGAGACAGACGACGAGCGAGGACGGAGAGACGAUCCACCGGCAUCAUUCAGGUGGAAGGAGAAAACGACGAUGACGAUGUUCACCUGGAGGAAACAAACGGCAACAACUCAUCUUAUGGCAGUGAACUGGGAGACUCGUCUGCUGACUACAGAACGCUGUACAUCAAGGUACUGCAGGAGAACCUGGCACUGAAGGACAAGCUGCAGGAGAUGGAGCUGCUGCUCAGCCAAAACAAAGUGGAGCUGGAGAGACUCCGACAGGUUCGGCAGAGUCAGGAGGGCAGCACAGAGCGACCGGCCCUGCUGGAGCUGGAGAGAUUUGAGAAGUUGGCCCUCCAGAGGAAAGCAGUGGAACUGGAAGAUGAGCUGAAGGUUCUGGGGGACCUCAGAGCCGACAACCAGAGGCUCAAGGAUGAAAACGCCGCCCUCAUUCGAGUCAUUAGCAAACUGUCGAGAUGAACCUGGAGGGGAAAAAACACACACCUACACGGAGAUGAAAAGUAUUACAGGUUUUAUCUUUUAUUACCCUCCCCAAGUCAGAAGACGCAAACCAGGAAGAGAGACGGAGCAUCAAACAUCUGCACACCAUCUGACAGCGACCAGAGCGACAGAUUUCAGGGUUUUUCGCCUGCGUUUGGGCCUUUUAUGUUUUGGCAGAUCUACUGUAUAACAAGCUGAAACUGCACCUCCUGUGGACCGGCGGGGACGAUCCCGCUCACAUCCACCUUUUUUAUUAAGUUUUUAUUGUUGUAUUUUUUAAAAACUGGAAUAUUUUCAUGUGUAAAAACCUGUAUUAGGAGACUUAAAGCCAUGCACAGCUCACAUAAUGUUCUAGAUCGCUUCUGAAGGGGUGGAGACAUGAAAUUAAGUAAACAAGCCAGUCAGGUGUGCAGGGUGGUUAUUAGAUAAAGGAAAAAGAAAGACUUAAAUGUGCCAAAAAGCAGCCCCACUUCUACAUGCCCUUUGGGGGGAAAACUUCCAGCGGUCAGUGUUGUUUUCUCAGGAUGGGUCGAUGCUUUCGGUUUUGUUUAGUUUCUUUAGCUGGCUGCUGUGAAGGUGGACCAAAUCUGCAUGCUCCUUUCUCCCUGCUCCUCCGAAUGUAUAUUUAAUAUGUAUAUUUAUGUACGGGGGCACAGAGAUGUAAAGGUGUAGCCUCUGUUGCACAAAAGACGGAGAGUUCUUUUUCUUUUUUGCCAGAAAAUGUUACAAAUGUGAGACCUUUGGGGAGGACGCAUGACGCUCUGACUUUAAGUACUGUACAUUAAGUAGAAACUUCACUUCCACACCGUUUUGACUGGAUGAAAGCAGGAACCGCUAAGCUAAGUAUUCACCCUGUGACGGACGGCUGUUGUAUUUUUGACAGACAGGCCAGAUGGGUCAACCUCUGAAUGUUUACUUCUGUUUUAAAGAGAAUAGAAAAAGCAUGUCCAAUUGUAUUUUGAUGCCGUGCCUUUCGAUAAUACAUUUGUAAGUAAUGGUUGGUAAUUGGAGAUUUGUAAGUAAUGUUUCUAUUUUGCUUGGGCAGCGUACAUUGUUGAGUAUAAAAUACAGUCUGGGCAUAAAUGACUACGGAUCUGUGGCUUCUUCCUGUUUGACGUUUUACAGAUCACAUUAUCGAUGACUUUUUAAGAUUCUUUAGAUGUUGCCAUUACAAAGUCUGUCCACUAGACAGCGCUGACAAGUUUUAUGCCAAAAUGAUUCAGACACCUGGCAAGUCAAGUUGUAUUUCACCAGUAGGUUUCUUUUGGCUGGAAAUAUGGGGGGCGCGGGGGGGGGGGGGGGGAUUAACUGAGGAAAAAUUAUGAACUUUGAACAUUACAUUUUCAGCAAAAAAUAUUAGUUAAAUUUCAGCAUCUUACUGUCGUCAUCUUUUACAUAAUUUCCAGCUAAAACAAAUCUACUGUGAAAGGAAAAUUCAGAAUUUAGCAUGGUGGUGAAUAACUUUUGACCUUAAACACAAUUUCAUUAAAAAAAAAAAUUUUAUUGGAGCCUUAUGUGAAGUGAGUCACUAUUUUAUUUAUUGCAUUGUUUUUAUUCUCUGUAACAAAGGCGAGACACAACAGGUUUUAUUGGUUUUAAAUAUUUUGGACUUUUUGUUCAUCCAAAGUACACAUUGAGAUGGUUAUUUUAUUCAUGCUAAUUACUGCAGUUUGAAUUAAAUCAUGCUAACUUUGCAUAUUUGAAAUUGUGAAACAAAAAUGAAUUGACGUUAUUCAAGUAAUUGACAUUACUUUUAGUUUUUUAAAUUAAAAUGUCUAACCUUUUUAUUUCAUUUUAUUUUUACCUGCAGUGUCUCCUCUUCUUAAGUCUUUUAUUGGCUGGGUUUUAAACCAAUACUGCUACUGAAAACAGAAGCAAAAAUCUGCGGAGUAUUUGAAUUUUAUGUUGACACAAUUGAAUCAAAUGCCAUCUUUUUUUACACUUAAGAAGAUGUUUUAGGUGGUAAUGUAAAGCUCAAGCCAGACAGCUUAAUUUCACAAGUUUUUGUCUCAGUUUUUGAGGAAACAGAACUUUUAAAUGUGCUCUUACAGCAGUUAUUACUUAUUUACUUAUGAUUAUACAUUUAACAAAAAACUACUACUAUGUGAUGUGACGUGUCUCCAAAAGCUUUACAGUGGAAUGAAAUAUGAACUUUUUUUUGCUACCUUAAAUCGUCUGAAACGUAAACACAAGAGCAACUGGCUUUAGCUUUUAUUUUUAUGGCAUUCAUGCAGCAAACAUUUUGUCAUUUUAUACAAACAGCCAUUUUAAUGUUGACUCCUCUUUUUUCUCUGAUGUGCAAAAGUAAGUCAACAGAUGAACAUCAUAAGAAAUAAAAGUGCAAAAGUCUGGCAUUGGA